AUGCCGGAAACCUCCUAUCCUCAACAAAUUCUCUAUCCUGCGAAUACAAGCUUUGAUAGACUCUUCGUAUCGUCGGCGGCAUCUGCAUGUUAUGAUUCACAACGGAUCACUCGGGUCCAAAGCGCAGCGCCGUACGUACAUCCGGCCGCGCACGACACAAUGUACUUGCUCCGCACCGUUUGUGUACCGGAUCGGAGCGGAGACCUCUCCAUGUGCCAUAUACAUAGAGUACAUGCCUUUGUGGCCCGAGAACACACACCUCCCCCCGCCUCUGUCCCGGGAAUGUGGACCGUGCUGCUAAUGUAG